CCGCAUAGCUAACUCAACUCAAUAGAAUGAGAAUGGAAAUUUGGCCAAAUGAGCUCUUAGAUAUUCUCUUAUAUCAUUUCAAUGGCUAUAAAUAAACGUGGAGAAGUUUGUAUAGUCAAUUAUUGUUGCACGGGAUGGAAGUGUAACAACAAGGACUUGUCACAUCAGGAUGCCGCGCCUAUCUAUGGAUUAGUUAUAGGGUUAGCUUUACUGGGACUAAUACUUAGCGUAAUUGCUUUGCAGCAGACGAAGUUUUAUCUGGCAAAACAUCCACAAAAGAAAAAACAAUUACCGUCUUUUAUACGGAAGAUAUCAGCUUUGAGUAGAGCAAGUAAAUACCAUUCGUUUAAAAUACGUAACUGGUAUUUACCGCAUACUAUCGCACUUAUUGGCAUCUUUGUUUUAUUCCUUUGGUUGACAGUCUGGGCAUUCGCGACACUACCUUAUUACAGUCACGAUUUCGAAACUGAAAAACCACCAUUAGCAACGCGAGCAGGAUCAUUAGCUGUAGCUUUAAUACCGUUCAUAUUUACACUCGGCAGCAGAGUCAAUCCAAUCUCGCUUGCGACUGGUAUCUCGCACGAGAAAUUGCAGACCUACCAUCAAUAUGGUUCAAGGAUACUGCUUUUUAUCAGUUUAGUACAUGGUAUACCAAUGCUUUUGCAACCUUAUUAUGAAGGAUAUAAAACAGGUGGUUACGCAGCUGGUAGAACAAGGUUACAGGAAGCUUGGGAAAGCAACGCGCAUUUUGAAUCAGGCACUGUUCUCAUCGUCUUCUUGGUAUGGAUCAACGUUAGCUCGAUGAGAGUGUUUAGAAGAAUAAGUUAUGAGUUCUUUGUUUUCCAACACGUCAUCACGACUGUCGCUUUCCUUGCUAAUCUUUUUCCGCACGUCAAUGUCACUUAUAUGGACGCAUGGAACUACCUCUUCGCAGCGGUUGCUCUCGUGCUAUACAGUUGGUUUGGUAGAUUGGCAAUUACUAUUUAUUCAAACAAGCUGUCCACAUCUCACGCACAGCUUGAAAAUUUGACCGAAGGUAUGACAAGGCUGUCAAUUAAAACUAAAAUAAAAUGGAAACCUGGUCAACAUAUUUAUAUAAGAUUUCCAUUCUUAAAGCCGUUACAAUCGCAUCCGUUCACAAUAACAAGUAUCCCGUCAACAGAUUCCGAGCACUCGGUCAUACAGCUUCUCGCACGUGCUAAAAAUGGAAUGACCAAAGUCUUACACGAUAGAGCCCAAGAGGGUAACACUUACCUUCCUUGUUUUAUUGACGGCGCGUAUGGUGGCUCGAUUCCACUCGAUGGCUACACGAAUGUCUUGCUCUUAUCCGGAGGAACGGGCAUAACAUGCAAUAUGCCGCUUUUGUUAGACUUGAUACAGAAAAUGGAAGCUGGAAAAAGUGCUUGUCAACAUAUUGACUUCAUCUGGAGUAUAAGAAGUAAAAAAUCAUUAGAAUGGUUUGAUGCUACUUUUAGAUCAUUAUCGCGUCUAGCAAGCUAUCAGAAUGUUAGAGUGAGAGUUUUCUUAACUGGUGAUAAAAGUGCACCGCCGACAUCGUCGUCUAUCGCAACAUCUAUUUCUAGUGACAGCUCGUCUUCUAUCACAGAAAAGAAACUCUAUGAAAUCAUAACAAGCAGACCAGAUCUUGAAGGAUUGUUAAAUGAAUCCGCGAGACAAUCAGCAGGUACAUCGCUUGGCCUGAGUGUAUGCGGGCCUAAGUUGUUCAAUUGGAAAGUAAUGAAUAAAGUAGCGGAUAUUGAACUAGGGAUAGCGAUGGAGGAUAGCUGCCUUCCGACUACCUUAUACGCACAUAGCGAGAACUUCGCAAGCUGAUUGUAGUACCAUAACUAUUUUAAUGUUUCUGUAUAAAUAUUUAAAUUUUAUUUUAUUAUUUUGCAAAU